GGUUGACAGUGAGCAUUGCAACUAGGUAAAAUUAAAGAUAUCAAAAAAUAGAAAAUGGAUCCGAACUUAGUGUUGUACGGGGAUGGUGAGUUCUUAAUGGCUGAAUUUGAGUUCGAUGGCGAUUUGGUUGUGAAUAGCGAUGAGCUGCAGCCGGGUGCCACCGUGCUGGUGUCCAAUGAGACAGAUGGCAUUGUUAGCCACGAGGAUUUGGCCAAGUUCUUUGAGAUACAAUCGAGCGUUCCGAUACCCACCGACGAGGCUGUGGAGCGCACACUGGCUGAUCCGGCUUUGAAGCAAAUACUGCAAGAGGCUGAUGGCAAGGUGGACUUUGAUCCCGAGGCUGAACAAGAAAAGUUACGCGAGUUUCUGUCGGGAGUGAAUAAUAAGAAGACCGUCCCGGAAAAGAGUGCCGCACCACCUGAGCCUGUGGUCCAAAAGCCGUCGCAGCCGGCGGCGUCUCAGCCACGACCUGUAAUGCCGCAAUCGAGUGUCUUUCGCUUCAUCAAGUGCUCCAAUUGCAAUGGCCUCUUUGACACGCCCUCAUUUCAGGAUCACAACUGUGAAUAUGAGUCGGAGCAGAAGCCAACGUCCAAUACUCGGGCACCAAUUGUUCAGGAGAAGAAGGCAUCCACGCCACCCAGAAGGACGCCUAGCGAACGUAUCAUCGUUGAGAACCAGGUGCGCAUCCGUCGCUACAUGAAGGACGAGCUUAAGUACGAUCUUGAGACGGGCUUCGAUAGCUCCAAGUCCAAGAAAACCACCGCCAAGGGGCCAAACGAAUGCAGCAUCUGCGAGCGCAAAUUUGUGCACACCUCUGGCCUGGUCCGUCACAUGGAGAAGCAUGCGCUUGACCUCAUUCCCACUCAGACGAGCAUCCAGCAACAGCACACGGCUCCCUCGACUCUUGGGCUGCUAGUGGUGCUUAAAUGCAAUCACUGUGGCCGUAUAUUCUAUGACGUAAAACUUGCGCUGGAGCACAUCUUUGUGCACCAGUCGGCAACGGACGUGGAUGAGUCCGAAUCUGUGGUCGAGGAUGAAGCAGUGCUGAAGAGUCAGCUGGAACAGCUUAUGCUGGAGGGCGAUCGGCUGCUGUCCAUAACCGCUGAGCUGGGCAAGAUGUCGCUCAAGAACGAUGACGAAUACUUUACCACGCUUGUCCUCGGCAAUGUCCUGCAGUGCGAGUUCUGCGAUUUCAUCUUUGCGGAUGUGUCCUUCUUGCUGGUGCACUCGGCCACACAUGUGCCGGAGCGUCGCUUCGAGUGCACCGCCUGCGAUCUGCGAAUGACCACCGCCAAGGAGGCCAGUGUCCACUAUCAGACCGACUGUGUCUACAUGCGUGAGGGACUCAAGCAGCUGCAGGCGCAGCCGAAUCGAUUUUUUGUUUGCAACGUGUGUGAGCUGAAGUUCUCCAAUGUGGAGCUCCUCCAGGAGCAUCGCUAUAGCUGCUAUCACUACUUUCCUCGGCUCAGCGAGAGUGGCAAGCGCCUCAUGUUGCCGUGUGAGUUCUGCGCCACAAACUUUGAGUAUGCUCACGAGAUACAACCCCACUACGAGGAGAAGCACCUGAAUAAGAAAAAACGUGAGAAGGAGCUGCGCAACAGCGGGAACGCAACCACCAUGGGCCGUUUGCGGCAAUAUCUUUGCGACAUUUGUGGCAAGUCCUACACGCAGUCUAGUCAUUUGUGGCAGCAUCUACGUUUCCACCAAGGUGUGAAGCCCUUCGUUUGCCAGGAGGAGAACUGUGGCCGCAAGUUCACCAUACGCCCAGAUCUCAAUGAUCACAUACGAAAAUGCCACACGGGUGAGCGGCCGUAUCACUGCCUGGUCUGUGGCAAGCGCUUUCUCACCGGCUCGGUCUUCUACCAACAUCGACUCAUACAUCGGGGCGAGCGGCGUUACGAGUGCGAUGAGUGCGGCAAGCGUUUUUAUCGCGCUGAUGCAUUAAAGAAUCAUCAGCGUAUUCACACAGGCGAGAAGCCCUAUGAUUGUCCAUUCUGCACAAAGACAUUCCGGCAGCGUGGCGAUCGGGAUAAGCAUGUGCGGGCGCGUCACUCGCACUUGGAUGCAAAUGCACGCCUGAUGAUGCAAAUGCAAAAGUUCGAAUUGGAAACGGCGGCUGCAUUAAAGGCUAAGCAAAUGCAAGAGGGCGGAAUUGAAUUUGUGGUUGAUUCGACGGCAGAGGCAUCUAUGCAUUCGCCGACAUCUCCCAUGGCGCAUGAGCAACAAUUUGAUAUGGUUGAAUUGGAUCCUAGCGAUUUUGGCGAAAGCUCUGAGUUUGUACAAAAUAUUCCAAUGCCUCUUAGUGACGAGCAAGAGCUUAUGUCAUUCGUAGACCUAGAGGGAACAGAAGCAAUCGAGCAACAACCCUUCCAGUUAGAAAACAAUGAAAAUGUCAAAGUGGUUGUGGUAGAAAAUAAUACUUCGCAACCGUUUUAUUUCUAACUAUAUGUAAUAAAUAUUGUAUAGUGUACCAGUAAAAAUAAAGCAAAUUUGCAUUUU